AAAAUAAAGUUAGAAAUAUUUAAGAAAAUCGACGACACUUUAAAACUCAAUACUAUACGAAUUCGAAAGAUUACUACUAUAGUACGAGAGGACUUCCCUAAUUCUAUAUAUAUAAAAUCCGAUAUUUACAACGUACGUGCAAUUAUUCAUCGUUGUAACUUCGAUGGUUAUACCCCAAUUGGUGUUCUAAUUAAGUUAUUUAAUAAUAAUAAUAUCGAAUAUAUUAAAAAAAUAGAUCCUAAUAAUAGGGAGAGGUUAUUGGGUAUUAUUUUUACCUUGCCAACUUAG